AUGGGCUUCCAACGGGCGCCGGAAGACCGGCCGACACCGCCAGAAGUGUACAACUGGAGAGUCUACACCUCUGCUAUCAUCAUCUCGUUCGGCGUGCUCGCUUAUGGCUACGACUCGGCGUUCAUCGGGACGACCAUAACUCAGCAUGCUUUCAAGAGAGACUUUGGGCUGGACACCAUGACAAUGAAAGAGCGGAAUGCUGUCAGCAGUAACUUGACGAGCAUAUACUCCGCUGGAGGAUUCUUCGGAGCCUUCUUUAUGUUCUUCGCCCUCGAGCUGCUCGGUAGGUGGUGGACCAUCGUCCUGGCAGACCUCAUCUUCACACUCGGAGCCAUUCUAUGCACUGUACCAACUAAUCAGAUCGGCCUCGUCUAUGCUGGACGCCUGCUGACCGGUCUUGGAGUUGGAGGAAUGGCUGCAGUCUGCCCAAUGUACAUCUCCGAGAUGUCUCCUCCCGCCAUUCGCGGUCGUUUGACCGGAUUCUUCGAGUCCUCCUACCAGAUCGGAGCCGUGAUCGGAUUCUGGAUCAACUAUGGCAUCGUCCACACGAUCGACACCUCGUCAUCAACAGCCUGGCGCAUUCCCAUGGGCGUCCAGCUCGUGCCGGCCGGCAUGCUAGCAAUCGGCAUUCCGUUCCUCAAGGAAUCACCCGUAUGGCUGCUCAAGCAAGACCGUGACGAUGAUGCUCGGCAAGCCUACAGCUACAUCCGCGGCCUACCCUCUGACCACGAAUACAUUGCCCAAGACGUCCAAUUCGUCAAACACGAGAUUGAAAGCGAGCGACGGACAGCAUCCCACACCGGCCGACCUUCGUUCAAAUCCUUUCUCAAAGACGCCACCCAUGAGUCCUUCAUGAAGGGUAUGCGCAACCGCUUCGGGCUCGUCUUCCUCAUGUUCAUGUGGCAAGCCUGGUCAGGAGCUGCUGCUAUCAAUUAUUACUCCCCCACAAUCUUCUCCUCCAUUGGUCUCACCGACACAACCCUCUGGACCGGCGUCUACGGCCUAAUCAAAGCGAUCGGCUCCAUCAUCUUCUUCACCUUCUUCAUUGACACCGUCGGCCGCAAGACUCCCUGGAUCGUCUCCUGCCUGGCCUGUGCUGCGUGCCAGUACUACCUCGCGGGCUACAUCGCCGUUGGAUCUCCCACUGCAGGCGAAGCGAUGAGCUCCAGUACACAAGCGGGCGGCAAAGCAGCUACAGCGGCGAUUAUGAUUUUCGGUGCGACCUGGUCCUUCGGUGCAAAUGGUCUGCCGUGGAUCAUCUCGGCGGAGAUUUUCCCCAGUUCGUUGAGGAGUAUCAGUGGACCGUGGGCGGGGAUGAGCGUGUGGUUUUGGACUUUCAUCGUCACCAAGGCAUUGCCGGACAUGUUUACGAGCAUGGGGUAUGGAGUUUAUGUGUUCUUUGCCAGUAUGUUGGUGCUGGCGAGUGUUUAUGCUUGGUACUGCAUCCACGAGACGAAGGGACUGCGGCCAGAUCAGAUGGAUCAUUUGUUUGGGUUUGAGAGGUCGCUGCCUGAGUAUGGAAGGGAGAGCGAUGCCGACACAGGAGGUCGCUGGAACGAAGAUGCGAAGGAGUUCGCUGUGAGGUUGGAACGGGUUUAGAGCAUUGAACCGCAACAGAUGAACAGACAUCGUAUUAGAACGCCUCUCAAUGACUACAUUUGAAAGACCUGGGCAGUACUACCCAUCUCGUGUUGUAAGC